UGUCGCUUCUCUCUCCCACGGGUUUUCCCAUCCGCUCCUGUCCCCCUCCGCGGCGUGGGCGGCCGCCCCGGCAGUGCCCGCGGGGGCAGCCGCCGUGUUUGCAUUUGUCCCGGCCAGUCACAUGGAAACGGCUUUGCAGCGCCCCCGCCCCCGCCCGCACUCCCGGGCUGUCCGAGCCGCCGAGCGGGCAGCGGCCAAGCCGAGCCGAGCCGCGCCGCGCCGCUCGACCCCGGGCGCAGCCCGCCCCGCCGCCCCGCUGUGCCCCUUCCUCGUCAGGCACAGCCGAGCUGUCAGUACCCGCGGCGCGGCGUUGAUUCCCUGCCGGCCCGAAGCGGCGAGGGAGGCCCGGCCAUGGAGACUCUUGUACGCCCCGGGGCCAGCAAGCCUCCCAGCGGGAGAAGAAUGAAAGCUCGCGCUCCUCCUCCACCAAAUCAGCCUUCUGCAGCAAGUAGAAUUCACAGUGAGCACAAGUCACCUGCAGAGACAGCUGUAAUUUCUGAUCAGAACCUUGUGAGCAUGAAAGAGAACAUGAUAAACAGAUCGGUGGACUUCACAGUUAUUUUACCCAGCGGGUUGGAGCAGAAUUGCACAGUACAAGGAAGUAAAGCUGUGAUGGAUCUGUUGGUUGAUUUAUGCAGCCAGUAUCGCUUAAAUCCAUCCCAACACAGUCUUGAACUGAAGUCUUCAGGAACUCAACAGCCUCUGAGUUACAAGCCAAACACUUUAAUAGGAGCACUGGACGUACAGACAGUACUUCUGAAAGAGAAGGUUCCCGAAGAGAAGAUAAAGCGACCUCUGCCAAGGGCCCCUGAGAAAUCUGUGAGGCUGGUUGUGAACUACCUGAAAACGCAGAAAGCUGUGGUUCGAGUUAGUCCAGAGGUGCCUCUCCACAGCAUUAUCCCAGCUAUUUGUGAGAAGUGUGAAGUCAGUCAAGAGCACAUUGUUCUUCUGCGAGAUGGCAUCACUGGGGAGGAGCUGGAGCUUACCAAGUCCUUGGAGGAGCUGGGGAUCAAGGAGCUGUAUGCGUGGGACAGAAAAAGAGUUCCUCCAUCAAAAACUCAGUCUGAACCUUCUCUGAACUAUAGAGAACCAAGUCGGAAAGUUUCAGUAAGCAAUGAUGCAAUAGAAAAAGAAAAGACAAGACUUCUGGGAUUGUUUAAAGCUGAUAGAAGAAGCAGCAAGACAGAAGAACACUUGAUGAUGAACAGAGAUUGGGGUGAGGAGGAUGUUUUUAGUUCUGCAUCUACAAGUGAAGGAAGCUUGGAUGGUUUUUCCACAGCACCAAAUUCCCCUUCGGUGAAUUCUCGUUCCGGUAGCCUGGGUCCAUCCCUGUCCCUUGGUAACAUCUCAGGAAUGACGGCAAAUCCAGAAGUGAAAAAGCGCAGAGCGCCUCCUCCACCAGUGGCGACACCUGCGUUGCAGAACAUGGAGACGAGUAGUGGACAGGACAAGACAGCAGCGCAGAUUUCACAAGGAGCAUCCCUGAAUGAUUUACACAAAAAGAAGAGGCGUGCCCCUCUUCCACCAGCUGCAUCUGCUCCACCUACUCCUGCCAUGCCAAACAGGACAGAAGAGAGGGAAGACAAGAGGAAGAGCACAAUGGGUGAUGGACGGCAAGUGCCACAAAAGCCUCCUAGAGGCACCACUCGUGGUCCACCCCAGUUAGUGAUCCCCCCACCCCCACCUUACCCUCCUCCUGACACUGUGGAUCCAACAGUCUGUCACAGAGAAGCAGAUGUUACACCACCAACAGAGCUGGUACCUAAACUGGAUGACGUGGUACUGGAGCUAUCAGAGGUGGAAGAAACAGCAUCAGAAAGCAGCUGUUUUGCAUCUGAGGACACCACAGAAGACUCGGGUGUGGUGAGCUCCCCAUCCGACAUAGUCUCUUUGGAUUCACAAAAUGACAGUGUGAAGUCGAGAGACAUCAAGCUGGUCAAUGGCUACACGGACUCAGCCGAGGCAGACGCGACGUGUGGCACAGAAAUGUGCCCCGUAAGGAACACCUGCUGCCACAGCGUGGGAUCUGACAGUGCUCCACACAGCAGGAGAGAUGAAGGAAUGGCUUCGGCUAAGCAUGAGGAUGAGGAUAUUGCUGCACAACUUCAGUGGACUUUGGCUGGCCUGGAUGAACAUUUAGAAGCAGUGGAUAGUAUAAGUAACUCCGACUCCGGGUACAUCAAUGAAGUGUUGAGCCCACACAUAAGAAAAGUUGAGGCUGCCCAAGAUGUUACCGUUUCUGUUCCAGUAACAGUCAUAGACGAUGCUCCAGAAGUUGGCACCUCAGUCUCAGAUGGAAAUCAUGAGACAGAGACAAGGGUUUCACAGAAUAUCUCAGCUGACUCUGUUAAUAUAGGAAACUUUACAAAUAAAAACAACAAUGCAGGUUCCUUCGAUAAGGGACAUACAGAUGGUGGGGCUGUAUGCAUAUCCAAGGACCCCGUUCAUCAGCAACCAUCUGAAAAUGAAUUCAGUCACUUGCCUGUGGAACAGAGGAGAGAUAUGUUUGAAUCUCUCACAUGCUCCUUUGAAAAAAGAAGUGAGAAGAACUUACGACUGGAACCUCCCCCCAAACAUGGUGUAAAGUCUGAGGAAUGUAAAUCUAAGCUGAUUCCACCUCACUCCAAGACCACAGCUGAAAUCAGUACAGCAAAAGAGAAGAUAAAUCCAUUUAAUGAAUGUAAUAACAGGGAAAGAUCUCUGAAAAAAAGUAAAUCAGAAUUAGAAAUCAAAUGGCCACCAUCAAAAAAAAUUGAAGUAGAAGAAGUCCCAUCAACACCCACAUGGUGUCAUCGUGCCCAGAAUUUGGGAACAAACUAUGAACCUAAAAUGGGUUUGACAACCUUUAAAGUUGUUCCUCCCAAACCUGAACUAAAACAUUUUGACAGAGGAGUUUCCCUCUCCACUGGUGCCAUUAAGAUAGAUGAACUAGGCAACCUCAUAGGCCCAAACACAUGUGUCAGUAAGCACAUACCGGGUACCUCUUUUGAUGAAAAUGAGGAAAUUCAUCUUGGGAAAGUAAAGGCAUUCUGGAGGUCAAGUUCUAUGGAAAAGCAAAGCGAUGACUCUGCUGAGCAUCUUCCUAAGAAGCCAGCAGUCACCACAAACUCAAAGCCCUUUGCUAUAAAACAGGAACACAGACCUGUCUGUCUUGCUGCUCCAAAACCUGCAGCACCACAAACUGUUACUACCCAGGUAGCCGAAAGACAGUCUGAGAAUGAAAGGACCAAACCACCUCUUCCAGUUACACAGUCUCAGGUAACAGUCUCAGUGGCCCCCACCAUUAAUAAGGACAAACCGGAGCUUCCAUUUCUAAAGCCACACAGGAGAACUUCAAGUCAGUAUGUUGCCUCUGCCAUUGCAAGACACAUCAACAUGAGUAACUUUAAGUCUGACGCUAUGGAAUAUCAUGAGAAAGAUGAAAAUAAGCAAGAGACCGGAGGGGUUAAAACUGAAGCAGAAGUUUCACCAAAAAGAUGUAUUAUUGUGGCCAAAUAUAGCCCUGUGGAAACAGAAUCAGCAGAAACAAGAGAAACACUUUCAAGGAUUUUUACUUGUAGUCAAAAUGUGUCCCAUAGGUUUAUACCUGGUGAUAAUUCUGGCAUGGAAAACAAAGUAGUUAACAUCAGGGCGCCAAAUCAAGCAACUCCUGUGAGUGUCUAUAAAAAGAAUGCUAGUGUCCCACUUACCAAAUCCUCUUCAAAGGAUAACAGCCUGGAAGAUCAUGGUUUAAACAGCAAACAAAGUGUAGCAGAGAAAAAGAUGCAUCUUUUGUUGGACCAGAAAUGUGAGACUUUGAUCCAUAGUAACGCAACCUCGCCUCUCAAGUCUCCUGAUCUCCAAGGAGUCCCACCCUCGUUCAGCUCAUCUUUGCGAGCCACUAAGUGGCCUCCCACUAACAAUGUACAAGUUGGUUCCCUUAAAGCUUCACCUGAACUAAAUGCAGAGUCAGAACAGGAAGAGAAACCUGAUGAUUUGGAUACUAAUGCUGUCACUGAACUGGAUGUUAAUGUGCAGACCAAUAUCUUUGGACCAAAGAAGAAAUUCAAACCCAUUGUCCAAAAACCAAUUCCAAAAGACACAUCACUGCACAGUGCCCUGAUGGAAGCCAUUCAAACAGCAGGGGGAAAGGAGAAACUCAGAAAGGUGUCAGACAGUGCACUGAACGGCAAUCACAGGAAACCCUCAUAUACUGAGCCAGAGAAUGAGCGCUCAGCUCUACUAGCAGCAAUUAGAGGCCACAGUGGCACCUCGAAGCUGAAAAAGAUCUCCUCAUUGGCCUCUGAAGAGCUGCAGAGUUUUAGGAACGCAGAACUGUCCAUGCAGAAGGCCAAAGACACUCAAGAAGAGCAGAUUUGUAUCCCACCAGCCCCUGCUCAGCCGCCACCACCACCACCUCCCACUCAGAUGUCAGCAGCAGCUCCUAAAUCUUCUGCCACGGCUACAGGUAACCCUGUGGAGGCAAGGCAAGCCCUAAUGGAGGCCAUUCGCUCUGGCGCUGGAGCAGCAAAGUUAAAAAAGGUCCCUCUGCUCGUUUGAAUCAUUUAUAAAGAACAGGUAAUUGGAAAAUCUAACCCUGUAUGCACCCAUAAUCAUCAUUCAAGGUCUGAAGUGGCAAAAAAAACAUCAAGAAGUUUAGUUUAUUCUUUUGUCUACAAGCCAAAAUAAGUUGUAGUUAAUCUUCUGUGUGUUCCUGCAUAAUGGUUGUAAGGGGAAAAUAUGUUGCUCUGCUGUAAAGCUUCUGUGCCAAGGAAUUGUGUUUUGCCUCUGAAUAUUUAAGGUUGCCAAUAAACUACUCUUGUUGGCAGGUUAAUAAGAAUAUAAACACUGCAGUACUGUGUUAAUACUUAAUUGUGUUUAUGGGCAAAAUUAAGAAACUUUGCUAGCUAUCUGAAAAGUAAUACCCAUUUCAAGUUGUUAAAAAUAUUUAACUACUUCAAACUAUUUACUUGCUUCUUAUCUGAUUUGGAAAUGGGCUGUAAGUGAUUAGGGUGAAAACCAGAAUAAAGAUGUGCAAAAAUCUUAUUACAAGAAAAAAGUUACGGUACAUUAUGAAGGACCUAAAUUGUCAUAUGCUGGUUCAUUGGUUUUUAAAAUCAUAUGAACUUUAUAUCUCUGGUGGAGCUCUGAGAAAUCAGGCAAUCAAUAAUGAAUGUGAGACAGUGUCUAUUGAAAAGUUACUUAUGGGACAUGAUGUAUAGAAUGCUAAUGCACAGAGAUAUACUGAACCCUAGUAACAUUCACGGCACUUUAAAAAUAUUGAGACACCUCAAAGGAUCUCUAUUUGCAGCAGACUGUGAAGGUCAUAAAUGAGAUCCAGAGUAGUGCAUAGAGGUCUGGGAUUUAGAAUUCAUUCCCGCACUGCAGAAUGAAGUGAAGCUGGUUUGUAUCAGUGACCAGGACUCUUGUCGUCUUGUUCAGGUCAUGCAUAAGUUGGGCCUUUCUUUCCAAUCCAUGUGGCUGUCGAAUGUUGUGUCAUGCGUAUUUAUAGCAGCAACUUUUUCAAAUGUUAACUACUUCGGUAGUUGUUGUUGUACAUAUUUUGAAAAUAUUUCGCUCAGUUGAUUAACUUAAAAAGGACAAAUGAAAAUGCUUUUUCACAUUUCCUAUAUUGUAAUGAAAUUGAAGAAGUAGUUUGUACAUUUACAUUUUUAUAAUCACAGACCAGAGUGGUGGCAGAUUCUUUUUUGAGCUGAAACUUAAAAUGUAUAGCUAUGUAAUGUUGAAAGUACAAGAAUAUUUAGCCAUCUGCAUUUAAUGUGACUAUAUAUUAUAUAUUGUAAAAUAUUGAUGUCUCUUAGUGCCACAAAUAAAAACAAAACCAAACCUGA